AUGGCGGCGGAGGCCUGUAAGUACCGCCUGGUGCGGGAGAUCGGGCGCGGUAGCUAUGGGGUGGUGUACGAGGCGCUGGUGUCGGAGACCGGGCUGCCGGUGGCGGUGAAGCGAGUCAGGUGCAGCCAGCCGGAGACGGUGGAGCUGGCCCUGCAGGAGUUCUGGGCCCUGCGGAGCGUCCAGAGCCAGCAUCGACACGUCAUCCGCUUGGAGGAGUGCUUACUGCAGAGCGGCGGCCCGGAAACUAUCCAGCCUGUCAGCCGGCACCGCAGGCCUAACAGCCACCUGCUGCUGGUGGAGAGCUGCCUGAAGGGCCAGCGAGCCGCGGAGGAGGAGCCGCCCUGUUUCCUGUGGUUUGUCACCGAAUACUGUGAUGGCGGCAACCUCAAUGACUUCCUGCUGGCCCAGGCCCCCGAGGCCCGCCUGCACCGGACUUGCAUGCAGCAGAUGGCAGGAGCUCUGGCCUUCCUGCACCGCAACCAGAUCGUGCACCGGGACCUGAAGCCGGAGAAUGUGCUGGUGUCACACGGGGAGUGGGGGCCGGAGCUUAAGGUAGCAGAUUUUGGCCUCAGUAAGGUCUGCCAGGGCAGCGUGAACGUGAACCAGCAGCGCUUCUCGUCGGCUUGCGGUUCGGAUUUCUAUAUGGCUCCCGAGGUGUUUGAGGGGCGCUACACGGCCAAAGCCGACGUCUUCUCUCUCGGGAUUCUAUUUUGGGCGAUGAUCGAAAUGAUUACGUUCAGGGAUGCGGACUCACAUAAAGAGCUGCUUGGGGUCUACAUCUGUCAAGGAAAGAAUCUUAUAUCUGUUGGGGAGGCCUUCUUGGAGAAUCCGAAUUUGCAGCUUCAAAUCCCUCUAAAGAACAAGCGGUCCGUGCCGCAGGAGGUGUGUAACCUGCUACUGGACAUGCUGUGCGUGAACUCCAAGGAGAGGAUCGACGCUUUCCAGCUGGAGAGCCGAGUAGAUCAGUUAUCGUACGGAGAGAAGCGCCAGCGCCCCGGGGCCUAG